CGCCCUUCUAUAAGUGAAUGUUUGUUCCUCACAUUCUGCCCCAUUUUUCUGCGCAACUCCUGCACUUCACCCUCUGCAGCUCCUCUCAACACCAGAAGACCACUUCAUAGACAGUCAUGGCUGCCAGAGUCGCCGUGGUAACAGGCGGUAACAAGGGCAUCGGUCUGGCCAUCGUCCGUGCACUGUGCAAGCAGUUUGGAGGCAUCGUUUACCUCACCGCCAGAGAUGUGAGUCGUGGAGAGGAAGCAGUAAAGACUCUAGCUGCAGAAGGCCUGUCGCCCAUGUUUCAUCAGCUGGACAUCAAUGACCUCAACAGCAUCACCACCGCUGCCGCCUACUUCAAAGACAAGUAUGGCGGCGUUGAUGUCCUCGUCAAUAAUGCUGGGAUAGCAUUCAAAGUGGCAGACACAGCUCCAUUUGAUGUCCAGGCUGAAGUAACUCUGAAGACCAACUUCUUUGACACCAGAAACAUGUUGACUCACUUCCUGCCGCUCAUCAAAGCCGGAGGUCGCGUGGUGAACGUGUCCAGCUUCGUCGGUUCCCGCACCCUGAACAAUUGCAGCCCAGAACUCCAGGCCCGCUUCCGCAGUGAGGACAUCACAGAGGAGGAGCUGGUGGGACUGAUGCAGCGAUUUGUCGACGCAGCCAAGAAGAAUGAGCACAAAAAGGACGGUUGGCCAGAGACAGCUUACGGAGUGUCCAAGACCGGACUCACGACCCUGUCCAUGAUCCAGGCUCGACGUCUGUCCAAGGAGAGACCAAACGACCAGAUCUUGCUGAACGCCUGCUGUCCAGGCUGGGUGCGCACUGACAUGGCUGGUCCAAAAGCACCAAAGUCACCAGAUGAGGGCGCUGUUACUCCAGUUUACCUGGCCCUGCUGCCACCUGGGGCCACAGAGCCUCAUGGGAAGUUUGUCUCUGAAAAGGAAGUUCAAACCUGGUGAAGAAACCAAAGGCACCUUAGAGUGUGCGUGCAUGCGUGUGUGUGUGUGUGUGUGUGUUUCAGUGCUUCAAUGACUGCAGUUAGUGGCCAAAAACACACCCCUGUAGGAACAGUGCUUUGUUUUCUAACAUUUCACAAUGUGGUGAAACUUUUACAGCACUUACAGAACAACAUGGAUCAUAUAUGUUAAGGCUGCACAAUAUUGGAAAAAACUGACAUUGCGAUUUUUUUUUUUAACACUAUGACAUAUAUUGCGAUAUGAAAAGAUACUCAGGAGGAUGUAAUAGCUGUGUGGUGCCAACGUAAAUGGUCAAACAAAUUAGUCAUUUCCUCUUGUGGCGACAGGUGUAAAGUAUUAUCCACACAGAACGCAUGUUUCAAUAUCAUCCUUCCUGUGGCUGAAAUAAUUCCAGAUAACUGACGUUGCUUUUCUUUUUGGCACUAAGUCUUCAUUUUUGGUGAUUUUCUCUUGUUCGUUGCUCAUUUUUCAACGUUGUCACCAGUGACUCCCUCUACAUGCAGGGGUGUGGUCUGCUUUGGCAAACUGAUUAAGAGCGAUUGUGAUUGGUGGAUCAUUGUGCACAGUGUGUGUCAGGUACCCAGGUUGAAUUGAGAUGAAAACACAUUGAGUUCAUUUGCCUGUUACAUAGUCACAUUGCAGGACCUGCGAUGUGACUAUUGAGCACACAUACAUUCUGAUGCUCAAACGAUAUAUUGUGCAGCUUUAAUAUAUAUACAUAACUUCAAUGGAUACUGCUUAAGAGUUAAACACUAAAGCUAACAAUUAAACUUACAUCUAAAUAUGACAAUAAUUCAUGGAAUCCCUGCUCUGAGUGCGUGUUUCUUAAUGUGUCUUCUGUGUCAUAUAAACCUUCAUGCAUUACCAUUUUUACCUGCUUUUCACUGGUGUUUGAUUUCAUUCCUUUAUCAGUUUCACUUUGCCUUUGCAAGUAAGAGCAUUUUUAUAUUUUUCUAAUGCAGAAUGAAAUGGUGCCUCGACUAAAAUGAGUUAUCACAGGAUAUAAUUUUCACAUUUUAUAAAUAAAAAAAAAAAAUGCCAUUGCUUUUCUGUCAAAAACAAUAAAAGCAUUUCAGAUCCAA